AUGUCGCUUUUCUCAAAGUUUGAAAUCCAUAAACUUCACAAUAUCCCGGAGAUCCAACACAAACGCUUCAGGAGGUGGCUCAUCCAGAGGAGCGGCGCCGACAGCCCUGCUGUGAUUCCGCCGGUGGCCGCCAGGUGGCGGUGUGGUCCCAACUUUGAGCUCGAUACCGUGUGUAGGAGGCUGGAGCUCGACUCCCCCCCGAGACCAGCACACACACCCCCACAGGGAGACCCUGCAGUGGCAUCAGGUGUCAGAAGCUACACAGAGGCCGUUGGACCACAGAACACAGCACACACGCAUGUUUCCAGAGCCAGAGCAUGGCCGGACACAGAAAAGCCCCCAGAACAGAAAGCCCAGCUGGUGUGGAGAGCAGCAGGUCGAGCGGACGGACGUAUACAACAAGUUGGUUCUGAAGAGAGAAGACAUGGUUUGCAGCCUUUUGCUGUUCUGAACAAAGCUGGUGUAGGUCUGCAGAGAAAGUCCGUGAUGAUGUUGGGGGCACCAUCACUGCUGAACGACUACUAUGCAAGUGUUCUCGACUGCAGUUGUGACGGGAUGGUUGCGUUAGCACUUGGCUCUUCUGUCCACCUGUGGAAUUCAGAAACUCAUGAGGUGGUCGGACAUUUGGAGCCGAAUCCAGACGCGAGCCGACCUCACCGCCAGGCCCCGUCCGUCUCCUGCCUGUGCUGGAGCAGAGACGGCAGAGUUCUGUGCAUCGGAAACAGGCGAGGGGGGAUGCAGGUAACUUCUCUGGAGAUGCGGUUGUGGGAUGUUGACCACAAGCAGAGCAUAAGAUAUCUCCAUUCACACCUGUCUUCGGUGGGGGCCCUUUCCUGGAAACAGCAGUUACUCACCAGUGGCUCUGCUCUGGGACACAUCCACCACCUGGACCCCCGGGCUCCUGCACCGGUGAUAGGCGUAGCCUCCCAGAAGGGGGGGGUCUGCAACCUGCAGUGGUCCCCUGGAGACGACUGGCUGGCCAGCGGCUCACCGGAGGGUCUUCUCCAUAUCUGGGAUAGUGACAUCACGGGGCCCAAAGGGCCACAACAGCCGAUUAUGACCAUGGAACAACCCAGUGCUGUUAAGGCGUUGGGAUGGUGUCCGUGGCAGAGAGAGGUGAUUGCUACUGGAGGAGGAUGGAAAGACGGUGAACUGAGAGUCUGGGACACACGAUCAGGCUCUUGUUUGACGUCUGUGAACACAAACUCACAGAUUUGUUCCCUGCGAUGGGCUGAAAAGAAGAGAUAUCUUGUCACAGGCCACGGCCUUCCUCAUCACCAAGUCACCUCCUGGGCGUGGGAGUUUCCCUCGCUCAGGCGGAUCCACCAGCUCACAGGUCACUCUCAUCGAGUUCUGCACUUGGCAAUAAACCCCGACAACAGUCACGUCUUCUCUGCUGCAGCUGACCAGCGCCUUCACGUCUGGGAUCUGUAGUUACAAACAACGCCGCUAUCUGAUCGGA